UCAAAACGUAACUGGUCAAACACACAAGUCACCAAUCAGCGUUUUUAACUUGCAUUUACAUUUGCGCCAUUUAGCAGCCGCCCGUGUCCUGAGCGACGUACAAAAGUGCUUUGAGUCUCCAGCAAUGAAUAAAUCCACACUGGUACACUGGAUUACACACUUAAUAUAAAUCAUACUAAAACUCUUGAUUUCUACAAAGCAAACGUGGGAAGUGCUGAAGGGAACAGCUGAAAGACAGUGACUUGCAAAGGGAUGCAAAGUGGCAGAACAUUUCAUGACCCUGCAGGAAGUGUGCUGUGUGCAUGUGAUUGAUGAAUGUGCAGGGUAGACAUUCAACUGAAAUUGCAUUAAAUCUAAUUAUAAAAACAAUUAUACUGAAAGACUUAUUUUUACUGCACUUAAGUCCUCUGUUAUAUGCUGCAAUUUUGUAAAUUCCCAGUUUAUUACCAUGGAAAGUUUCCAGUCUUGAAAAUUCCUGGAAUUUUGCAACUCUAGACUUACAACUGAGCAGUUGAGGGGGUAGAGUUUAACCACUGAGCCUCCACUUACUUCCAGUUUGGUCUCCCUUAUCAUGCCACAGUCUCAUUUAAGGAAUGUAGAGGAUUUCUUCUGAGCCUCUUAAAACCAGAUUACAUUGACCUGCUUCUCAUGCUGCAUCAGCAUCAGGGUGGCAUAAGACUUUACAAAGAAAGUGCAGUCCAAUACAUGCAUUAACUUCUAGACAGCCAUGACAGGCUUGUGUCACUUUGAUUCACAAAAGAGAGACAGAAUGAAGACUUUCUCCUCCAGACAGCACAAAGCCAAUUUUUCUGUCUUGGAAACCAAGCAAUUGGAAGAAUGUGGGAUCUUCCUGAUUCACAAUCUUCUGAUAGGUUGAAUGCUUCCCUGUUGUGCCACUAUGGAAGCAGUAGUUAUUUGAUAACUAUCUCUAAUUUCUCUCUAAGGUGUAUGUAGGGGAUUCGACCAGCUAACAGUUGGAAUCGUCUGGUGAUUGUUCAAGAGAAGCACCUAAAAAAUCUUCAUUGAAUGAUGAAACAUAAACGGAUGAGAAAAGAGCUCUUCCAACUUUUUCAUUAAGUUCUGGACAAUUAUUUUUUUGUAAAUUCUGUUCACGUGGUAUUGUCUGAAUGAAUUACGUCUAAUCUUACUGAUUUUCAGUUUUAUCUUCAUCUUAUUUUCUCUUGAAAAAAAAAAAAUUAUAUAAUGGUAACCUUGUACUGUUACCCAUCAUGCACAAAUAAUGAAAGCACUUCAACCCUACAAUGUAGGAAGCUGUGGAAAGUUCUCCAGGGGUACUGCAACACAGAGGGGCCAGCACCUCCCCGAACUAUAAUCUGAUCAAUAACCUAGAGCCUUAAAUACUGAGCUAGCACCUACCCCAACAUUAUUUUUGUUCAUUUUUAUCGGAUUUAUUUUAUUUAUAUACUACAUCUAUAUGUAGUAAUAAACUUUUACUAUGCAGGUGCUGUUUAUUUAUAUAAACAUCCAAACACAUAUUCCUGCAUGUGACACUGGAGUCCUACCAGAGCACAUUCAGCCAUAGACUGAGACCACCAAAGACAAGCACAGAACACCACAGGAGAUCUUUCACACCAGUGGCCAUCAAACUUUAUCCCCACUUCUGUAGGGAGCAGAGCUGAAAGAAUUCUCACAAUAAACACAAUGUGGCAGAAACGCACCAAAAUUUGGUUUUCAAACCUCCAGAAGAAAAGCGCAGUGUGUAGACAUAAAACAUUUCUUCCAGGGUUUCAUCAGUGAUGGUUGAAAUCUCUCUGAUGUGAACACCAGCAGUAUUUGACCUGUUUAAAUACUGCAAUUCUGAGAAACACACCAUGCUGUCUACAGGAGACUCCACUAAUCUAUCGAAUGAUGAUAUUUUAAGAAUGACUGAUUUCCAAGCCCCACAGCACACCCACACAGGAGAGAAGCCAUUUCACUGCUCACACUGUGGAGAGAGUUUUGCUGAAGAUACUGAUUUCCAGGAACAUCAGCAAAUUCAUACGGAAGAAAAAACGUUUGUCUGUUCAGACUGCGGGAAACGAUUCGGUAACAAAGGCAAUCUGAAAAAACACCAACGCAUCUAUACAGGAGUGAAGCCCCAUCAGUGUUCCCAAUGUGGAAGGAGUUUUGCUAGCAGGACUCGUUUGAAAAAACACCACCGAACCCACGUAGUAGAGAAGUCAUAUCACUGCUCAGAGUGUGGGCGGAGUUUUAAUCUGGAAAGUUCUCUCCAAGUACACCAGCGCAUCCACACCGGAGAACAACCGUAUCACUGUUCUCAGUGCGGGAAGAGUUUUAAUUACAAGAGAUCCCUCAAGAGCCACCAGAGUAUUCACCGAGGAGAAAAGCCGUAUUACUGCUCACAAUGCGGGAAGAGUUUCAACCGAGAAUUCAACUUCCAAUCACAUCAACGCAUUCACACUGGAGAGAAACCGUACAACUGUUCAGAGUGCGGAAAGAGUUUUAACCAACAAGCUCAUCUCAAAGCGCACCAGCGCCUUCACACGGGGGAAAAGCCGUUCAAGUGCUCGCAGUGUGGGAAGAGUUUUGCUCAACGAAGUCAUCUCAAAAUCCAUCAUAUCAGCCACACAGGAGAAAAGUUGUACCAGUGUUUACAGUGUGGGAAGCGUUUUACUUACCCAGAAAGCCUCCGGAAACACCAAGCCAUCCAUGUGAGAGAGAAGCUGGAUGAGAGCUGACCGAGCCAGAUAUAUUUUGCCCUGAACAUGUGAUGAUACUUUAAACGUUGCUUUCCUGUAGUUUAUGUAAUGUUUAUAUCCCACUAUAACAGGAUUUUUAAGGAACUAAAUGAAGCAUUGAGGCAAAUAGUUUACUUUUUGUAUUGGAAUUAGUCGAGUUACUUAAAGAAUCUUUUUAUCCCUCAUUGAUUUGAAGUUUAGGCUGUAAGUCAUGCUGGAUACAAGUUCACAUGUUCUUUUCAAGAUGCAUCAUGGUUGCCAGAUUCUAACAAUUCAUCCGUGCUUCGCAUCUUUCAUGUGAUGGAGUCGCUAACGUCCCUGUACUGCGCAUGCGUCAUUUUCCGGCUCUUUAAAACGUCCUCGUCCACACUCUGCAACACGAAAACAGCGUUUUCUAGAUUGUUCUAGAAACACAGCUUCACUGUAAAACGGAGCAUGUUUGGUGUUUGUGUGUAUGUUCACAUUUAUGGCAUUUGGCAAAUGAUAUCUAGAGUUACUUAAAACUGAGCCGGGUUAAGGGCCUCCCUGAAGGGCCCAGCAGUGGCAGCUUGGUGGUGCUGUGAUUUAAACUAAUGACGCUCCAAUGCCUUAAAUCACUGAGUUUCCACUUCCAGGAGUUUUAUUAUAGGAUGUGAGGAUGGUUGUUAAGGGAACGAAUCCAUGGCAUAACAAUAACAAACACUAUAUGUGUACUGUUUAUGAUUCUGAGGGUUUGUGGAAAAAAAUAAAAACUAAAAUAUCUAAAAA